AUGCAUGCGGAUUCUCUGAUGACAUCACCUGAGCUCUGGGCGAAGUUAGUAGCCACCAAGGGCGUCGGCCUCACAGAGACAGAGCAAGAACAGAUUGUGAAGGAACUCGAUUGCGAGCGCGCUCGCAAUCUGAAGGCCCAACAGGAGCUGCAUCGGAAACGGGAAAAGGUUAACCGAGGGAAGGAAAUGAUGAGAGAACGAGAGAAAAAGGCGAAGGAGGAUAAGAUGGCUGCUGAAAUGGAAGAGCGCCAACAAAGGCGCAAAGAGGAGCUCAAGAUUUGGUUCGAGAAGAAAGAUAUUGAGAAUCGGGAGCGGCUUGCACGUGAACGUGCACAGAUCCGGGCCCUCCAAGAUGCCAAGAGGGCUAAAAAAGAACGAGAAAGAGAGCGACAGGAGCUCUUCGACAAGGAGCGUGAGAUACGCCUGCGACGUCGACGGGGGCGUCGGGUCGUACACAAGUCGAGCCCGAUGACUGUCCUGACCUUAUCGGGAGGAGUCGCCUCGGCACCCGUGAUAGGGUCCGACUUGGAGGUUCGUAAAGACCACCACGGCUUGAAUGUCGGCAAAACUGAGCCGCUGUUUCCAGAGGGGAAACGGCAGAUUGGGCCGCAGUCCGCAGGAGCAGUGAAUAGCAUGCUGGAGGAGCCGAGGACGCAACUUGAUACGGAGGAGUCUUCUUACCUUGUGCCUUUGCCAAGACGGGAGACAGCUCGUGUUAAGAAGCUGAAGAAGUUCUUUAAGAGUACAGAGGAUGCUUUUGCGACGUAG